AUGGAAGGAAGCGAGCAUUCGAAGCAGGAUGGAGUCGACGGUGGUGAUGGAAACACCAGGCAACCAGAAGAACUUGAUGCAGAGAGUGUCAUCACGAGAGCCGAAGCUGCACAGAAUCGCGGCGACGAGACGAAAUUCGAGGAAGAGAAUCAAGUUGCCAGCAGAGACAAGACGAUGCCAGCCACCAGGCGAAUCAAUGGAUUGCAUGCGAAACAACAACAUCAGGCCACCAGUGAAACGUUUGUGGACGAAGAAAUCACGAGAAUUGUGGCGGAGCAAGCCGGUUUAGCGGAAGCAGAACAGCUAGAAAGAGACGAACUUGAGCAUAAGCACGGAAAUCGCGACGAGCUCAUUCGAAUGGCAAUUGACAUUAACGAAGAUGCCAAAGUCGAAAAAUGUGCCAAGGUGUCGGGAACUCCUACAUAUGCGCCGACCUCAAGCGAAACAACGGACACAACAACCCAGCCAUCACUCAUUCAAAUGGCAGUUGAUAUCAACGAAGCUGCCGCAACGGAAAAGUGUGCCGCAAAGGUGGCAAGAAAUCCUAGAUAUGCGUCGACCCCGCGCGAGAUGGAUUUCUUUCGUGGAGGAAACAAACGGGACACAGCGGCACAGACCUCACGAGACACAGCAGCAGCACAGACGUCAAGUAGUCAAAGAGAACCAGACACCACAGAAACAGUCGCCGCCCCAGUCCCAACAACACUGGCACCAACCCCCACCAAUAAUUCUGUUUGGACCUGGGACUUGCCUUUUCCAAUCUCCAACACCACUAUGCAUGUCAUAAUGCAGGACCCCUUUGGCAAUGAGACGGCAGUAUCAAAAGCCUACCUUUGGGUUCUCCAAGAUCCAUACCGGCAAACCUAUUCGCAGGAAAGACUUCUGCAGCGAUUUGUCAUGGCAGUAUUCUACUUUUCCACAUUGGGCGAAGAAUGGAUACAUCAGGGUGGAGGCACAGUGACUAUUGCAGCAGAAGCCCAAGGCGGCAACAGGGGUAGGCCCCCACGAGGGAGCAGUGCUGGUGGCAGGCCGCCACAAGGAAACAGCACCGGUAGUAGGCCGCCACAAGGAAACAGCAACAAUGGCGGACAAGGUGGGGGCAGCAACGGUAGUAGGCCGCCAGGAGGAAACAGCAACAAUGGCGGACAAGGUGGGGGCAGAAUGUUACGCACACGGCAAACGAUGCAGGACAUAAUACCCAGAGUGCUUCAACAAGGAAUCGUUAGAGGACAUGAAGCUUGCAAUGGAAACAAAAGUUUGAAGUUCCUUGGUAUCAAGCAAAACAACAUUCAGGGUUCGCUGCCUGGGGAGCUGGGGUUACUAACAUCCUUAGAAAUUCUUGACAUAUCUCGAAACUCCAUUGGUGGCACAAUCCCAACAGAGAUCUUUGCUCUGCCGAAACUUUGGGUGUUCGCAUUGUACCAAAAUCAAUUACAAGGAACGGUUCCGUCUGAAAUUGGUCUCCUCUCAGACACACUAGAAAACCUUUCAUUACUUGACAAUGAACUAACAGGGACAUUGCCCCAAGCACUCUUCAUGCUAUCCAACCUCAAACAGCUUCGACUUAGUUCCACUCGUCUUACGGGAUCACUUCCCAGUGAUAUUGGCUUUCGCUUGCCAAAACUAAGCAUCCUAGACUUCAGCAGAAGUCCAUUCGGUGGAACCUUACCGUCUUCAAUAGGCCUCUUGACUGCGAUAAGGGAUCUUGGGUUCCAUAACACUGGAGUCUCUGGUACCCUCCCCACAGAGCUCGGUGGGUGUGCAAACCUGGAAAGGUUGCUUGGACAGGAAAGUAACUUUUAUGGAACUUUACCGUCAGAGUGGGGGGUGCUAACUAGCCUACAGGCAAUCAGUGUGCAAGGAAACCCAGGAUUGACUGGGUCUAUCCCCUUUGAAUAUACAUUAUUGAACAGGACGCUUCAAGCGUUUAAAAUUGGCGGAACCUCUAUUACUGGAACUAUUCCACGGGAUAUGUGUGGGAUCAAGCAUCUUAGCUUUGAUUGCUCUGAAUCCCUGUGUGGCUGUGAUUGCGCUUGCCCAGAGGCUUAG